GAAAAGCCCGCAAUGGGCUACAUAUAUGAGGGCAUGGAUAGGGCGAAAGAGGGCAUCAAAUCUAUCUAUGCAGGAGAUGAGAGCAAGUAUGGUCCCAUUUGGCAGAUCAUUGAUAAGAGAUGGCAUCAUCAGCUUCAUAGGCCCAUCCAUGCAGCAGCCUAUUAUUUGAAUCCGGCAUUCCAUUUUAGCCCUACUUUCAGGGCUGAUGCGGAGGUCCUUGAUGGGCUAUACUCAGUCAUGGAGAAGAUGGCACCUGUUGGUUGUACUCAGACAGAUCUUAUGCGAGAGCUACAGUUGUUCUCAAAUGCACAAGGGGAGACCUUUUCUCGUCCUAUCGCCAAAGAAAGUAGGACAACUAUGAUGCCAGAUAAUUGGUGGAGCUUUUUUGGCCCAACGACACCAAAUCUUCAGAAGUUGGCCAUUCGCAUCUUGAGCCAACCAUGCAGUGCAUCUGGUUGUGAGCGCAAUUGGAGUAUGUUUGAGCACAUACACUCCAAGAGGCGCAAUAGAUUAUCCGUGGAGAAGAUGAAUGAUCUUAUCUUUGUUCACUACAACCUCCGCCUGAGAAUGAGAAAGAAUGCAUUAGCUGACAUCUCUCCUAUCAUUCUAGAUGAGGUUGAUCUUGAGGCAGAGUGGGCCAUUGAGACAGAUCCUGUGGCUGUCUUUAGUGAUGAUGACACUGAUUGGAUCGACCAGGUAGAUAUAGAGGCUGAGGCUGUAGCCAUGGCAGAGGAGGAGCAGAGAGCACGAGCAGAGAGAGGAGAUGCAGAGGCAGAUGGUGAUAGUGACACAGAUGUUCCUGAUGUUGGUGAGCAUGGCGUGGUGUCACGAGGAGCGGCUAUGGCUGCCCAAUCAUCUAUGACCUACCUUAGACGCCUUCGUAGGGGGCCGGGGCCUUCAUCGGAGCCGACGUCGGGGCCGGAGGGUGCAGACUCCUCUGCGCCAUAGGCUUGUAGAUGUAUUUACCUUUGUUAUUUGUAUGGAACAUUUGAUGAUGAUCAUAUGAUGACAUGGAUUUUUUAUUCCAUGAGUUUUGUAAUAUUGUAUACAUUUGACAAUAUUUAUAUAUCUAUGUUUGUUA